AUGGAGCACUGGCGCAUUGGCACCUACUUGCGCAUUCGGCCACCUCGCAAGCACACGACCAAAGCUUACACGCUCCCACGUGCACGGCCCAAUGACCAUGUCCAGACGAUCUUGUUUCCAAUCCUUCCCGUGGCACUCGACACACGCAGCACGCUCAAGCAGCGAGACGUGCUCGAGUUCAAGUACGACCAAGUGUUUGAUCAUGACGUGCAUCAGGACGGGGUCUUUGAUGCUGUGUGCCGCGAUAUCAUUACAAGCGCGAUGGAGGGCUACAACGGCACGAUCCUUGCGUAUGGCCAAACGGGCAGCGGCAAGACGUUCACGAUCACGGGCGGUAGGGGAGAGAUCGUCGACGUCGUCGUGCUGCAGUGGAUGGAUAGCUACCACGACCGGGGCAUGAUUCCGCGUACGAUUUCAGCUCUCUUUGAUGCGUUCGAGACACGCCGGGAUACGAGCUACCGGUGCUUUGUGUCGUACUUGGAGGUCUACAACGAAAACAUCUAUGACCUCUUGGACAAGGCCCACAUGAACAAACCGAUCGACGAGUGGACGAAAAUUCACUUGCAGCUCUCGGACGACGACGACGACGAUGUGCAUUUCCGAAAUUUGGGUGUCUAUGAAGCCAACUCGGAGGAAGAUGCACUCAACUUGCUCUUCUUGGGAAAUGUGAACCGCGUCACGAGCGACACGCCCAUGAAUCAAGCGUCGUCGCGGUCCCACUCGAUCUUUACCAUCUUGAUCGAAGGCCGUCGGAAAGACUCGGAGGUCGUGCUCAACUCCAAGCUGCACAUCGUCGACCUCGCGGGCUCGGAGCGUGUCUACAAGCGCGACGGCACCGAACGUAUGCGCAACGAAGGCCGCUGCAUCAACCUCUCGUUGCACCACCUGGAACAAGUGAUUUUAGCCCUCCAGCAACGCAGCAGCAAAAAAGCCAAGACACACAUACCGUACCGCAACUCGAUGCUGACGUCCGUGCUUCGCGGUAGCCUCGGUGGCAAUUGUAAGUCCGUCUUUAUUGGUACGCUCAACCCCGAGGCCGAAUACGUGGACGAAAGCAUCUCGACCUGUCGCUUUAUGCUUCGUUGCAGCGAGGUCGCGGUCGACGUGCGUGCCAACCGAGAUAUGGAACCGACUGCACUGAUUGCACUUCUGCAACGCGAGAACGACCGACUUCAAGCAGAGCGCACGUCGCUUCAGGAGAACGUUGCGCACCAGAUCGAGCUCAACGCACAACUGCACGCGCAAUUGACGUCGGAAAAAACACUCGGACCGUUGACGGAGAUCGAAAAGGACGUAUGCGAGAAGCUCGUGGAGCAAUUUCUUGUCGCCGAGACGGCCGAAGACGACAUUUUGCGGACGCUGCAACACCUCGGCAUGGCCCACGCGCUCGAGUGCCUUCGCCAGCUCAAGACGAGCAUCGUCUUUGCGUCCAAUACGGCGGCCGAGGCGCAAGAAUCGCUGCUUGUGCAAGACGAACGGAUGAAAGAUGUAGAAGCCCGCCUUCUGGAGCAGCGCGCCGAUGCCGACAAGCUCAAGACCCACAUCGUGCAGCUCACGGCGCACAUCAACGCGUUGCAUGAAGCCUCCAGCAGCGUUGCCGAAGUCGACGACCCGCACGACGACGAAGACGAUCUGUGCAGCGAAAGCGAUGCUGAGAGCGAAAAAGUGGCCCCGUCGAUCGAGCCCCCCAAGCCCCCGACCGUGCCCCCCCGGGGCGAGAGCGCGUCGGAUGCCAUCAAGCGCCGCAUGGAGCUCCUCAAGCAAGGCGCUAUCUUUAUCAAGCACGGACGACAAGGCAAGCCGCAUGCGCGCUUUGUAUGGUGCUCGAACGACCUGCAAUACUUGAGCUACCGACCGGUGGGGAGCCAAGGACCCAUGAUUCAGAUUCCAACGUCAUCCCUCCACGCGCUGGCGUAUGGUCACAGCACCAAGGUCUUCCAGCGCAAGACGGACCGGUCCCGCAGUGAAUUUUGCUUUUCGAUCCUUUACGAUGACAAGAAGCGGUCCCUGGACCUCGAGGUUGACGAAGGGGACAGCGCGGAUCGGAAUCGACUUCGGUGCUGCGAGUGGACCGAAGCGCUGCAGUUCCUCAUCAAGUGGAAGUCGGCGCAGCGCAGCCAGCCAAUAGCAAAGCAGUAAAGUCAUGUACAAACACCACUUGAAUCCAUUGACACUCUGU